GAAGUGCCCUUGAAACCCUACCGUGUGGUGCGCCUCCUAACGAGUUGAGAGGUGGUAGCUGCUGCGGAAGCUUUCUCUUCUCAACCUUUCGCAGCAGCAAUCGCUUCCCAGCCAUGGCACGCUCUUUCUCUCUACCCAAACGCGCCCUUUCCCUUGCUCUUCAACGGCGAGGGUACGCAGUGGCGUCUUCAGAUGUUUGUUCGGUGAGGGGGGGUUUGGAUAGGAUUCGGGGUAGGAGCGGAAUAGUGGAAGAGAAAAGUGCCACAAAACAUGGUUUGGGCCCUUCGGCUUGGGGCCCAGACCCUGUGACGGGUUACUACAGGCCCAUCAAUCACACCGAUGAGAUUGACCCGGUGGAGCUCCGACAGAUGCUGUUGAACCACAAAGUUAGAUCCUAGAUGCACCAACACCCACACCUAGUUUCAUCUAAUUAUGUUCCUUUUGCUUUUCUAGUUUCUUUUCUUGUAAACCAACAAAAUAUAUGUUGUCUCUUUAUCCUUUUGCAAUUAUGAAGAAUCUUAUUUCGUUUCUGUUU